AUGUUGACUUUUCUUUGGAAAUUCACUUUCUUUAAUUUCCUCAUCAUCUCCUGCUGUCAUAAUUAUGUGGACAAUCCGGACAAACCAGCAAUCGCCAAAUAUUUCAACACAAAAGGGAGGUACGAGGAAGUAAACCCAUAUCUAAUAGAGGACAUACUUGCAGUAAACAGAUCUAUUUUACAGCCUCCAUCUGCAAAUUGUCAAGAAAUCCACCUGACUGCAAUAAUAAGACACGGCAAAAGGUACCCAACGAUCAAAAACGUCAAAGAGAUGCAGCAACUCUACAACAUCGUCCUACACAAUGCCUCGGGCCAAGAGAGCUGGCUGCGUGAAAUCCAGACUCAGUGGACGAUGUGGUACACUGAGGACAUGGACGGCCGACUCGUCCAGAAAGGUGUGAACGAUCACAAGCAUCUGGCCGUCAGGCUGUCAAAGCUGUUCCCCUCACUGAUUUCAGAGGAGAAGCUCAGAGGUGGAUUCAUCAAAUUCAUAACCAGCUCCAAGCACAGGUGUGUCAACAGCACACUGUCCUUCAAGGCAGGACUGACAGAGCUGUGGGCUAUUACAGAUAAGGAGUUUGACCACGAAGUGAAUGACGCUCUCAUGAGGUUUUUUGACCAGUGCACCAGGUUUGUGCAGGAAGUUGACAACAACCCCUCAGCUCUGUCAGAGGUGGACAAGUUCAAGCAGGGACCAGAGAUGAGGAGGGUCACGGAGAAGAUUGCAGACCGCCUCAGAGUCCCCUACAAUAACAUCACACAAGAUAUGACUGAGGCUGCAUUUUACCUGUGUGCUUACGAAUUUGCAAUCAAGGCGGUGAACUCCCCUUGGUGUCAACUCUUCGAUGAGGAUGAUGCAAAGGUUAUGGAGUAUGCAAGUGACCUGACGGAAUUCUGGAAAAGAGGCUAUGGGUAUGAUAUCAACAGCAAGUCCAGCUGUAUUCUCUUCCAUGACGUGUUUAACCGGCUGAACAAGGCAGCCAGCGAGAACAAGUCAGGCCAGCAGGUGACUGAAGCUGUGACGGUCCAGGUCGGCCAUGCAGACACUCUCCUGCCACUGCUCACCCUCCUGGGCUUCUUCAACGACAGUGAUGCCUUGACUUCCACCAACUACGCCACACAGACCCAACGCUCCUUCCGCACCAGCCACAUGUUACCCUAUGCAGCUAACUUGCUCCUGGUGCUAUACGACUGUGGGGGAGGCGACCUGAGGCUGCAGCCACUGCUCAACGAGAAGCCUGUGACUUUCCCCGGUUUGACUGACCAGCAGGCCUCCAUGCCGCUCUAUCAAGACGUCAAAGAUCACUACAGGGAGCUGCUCCAAGGCUGUGACUUUGAGAUGGAGUGUCAGCUGUUUAAAAGUCCUGCUUAA